AUGCCUGGCAUCGUAGGAGGAGGGGACUCUUCGUACUUGUUUCCCGCGGAGGCGGCGGCAGGAGGACACUUGUACUACUACGCCGCUGAGGGCGAUGGAGGCACCGGCGGCAGCACCAGCAGCAGCGAGGAGGACGAGGCUGGCGGACACCACAUCACGGACUUCGGGAUAGGCACAUUGGUUCUGGCCAUGACCCUGGGAGCGGCCUCGAGGAUAUAUCUCACCAAGGUCACUGGGUAA